UCGCGCGGCGAUCAUCGGCGCAAGCAGGCGCAAGCGGCGCAAGCAGGCGCAAGUAGGCGCAAGUAAAUUUUGGCGCGAGGUGUGUGUGCCAACUCGAAAAUUGUUGAUUUUUUGACCAUUUAUGACUGAAAAGUCUCUCGUACUUUUAACAUAGCUAUAUAAUAUCAAUAGUAAUUCUACAUGGAUGUCAAUUGUGACAACGAUCAUGGCAUCAAUGUUGAUCAUCAAACGUCAAUUAGCCAUCGUGAUAAAGAGGUUCAAGUUCGAGGAGCUGGAGAAUGCCGUGAUGCCCAUCUUUCCUGAAAUCUCCUGGGCUCGCGUCAGAUCCAAACUGAUUAAGAAUCACAAAAAUUUCACGGUGAACAAUGUGUGGCGCGUUAUUGAGGAUGUUCUCGAAAAUGUAAAUAUAAGGAAAACUGACCUACAGGAUAGGCUGGCAAUGCUACAAGUGAUAGAUAUGAGCAGACAUAACAAAAGAAAAAUUUGGUAUGGAUACGAAUUAACAGGUUUGGACGAAGCACCGAGGCUUGAAAAAAAUAUACAUGAUAUACAAAAAGGCAUUAAAGAGGAAUUUCGUUCUAAUGACUUGGAAGUGAAUGUGAAAGCCACAGAGUACGACAAUAUCACGUUUAUAUAUGUCAAGGAGAAGAAAAAGGGGAGAAGACAACCUAUCACACCAACUUUUUUUGCCUUGUUUCUGGGACACAAGUAUUUUUUCUGCUCUAGCAAAACUGUAUCACGUUACUAUGUAAAAGUUAUAGCUGUCAGCCUAGGUUAUAAAAAUAGCAAAGCAAUUAAGCUAAUGGGCAAAGACCUCAGAUCUUUAAUAAAAUUACUAUGGUUUAAACAACAAGGCACUUUAUGUGCCGAAUAUGUUAGUCAACCACCAGUUUACCGACCGUCUCACCCUGUCAUCAGUAAAAACGGUGUGAAUUAUACGCAGAGCAAGCAACGGAAAAAUUAUGCGGAACAGUGUUUUGGUAAAGAUCCUCCAACUCUAGAAGCACUUGUUAUAAAAGGACCAAAAGAAUCAAUACAACAUGAUAGUGUGGCUUCGAAAUUAAGUUCAGAAGAUAGUAUACAUAUGAACUGGGAAUUUCGUAGUCGUAAUAUAGUUAAAUUUUUGACUGCCCUAAUUGAAAAACGUGUAUUUACCCCGCCAUUACCCGAUUAUGUAUCCAAUUUCAUAUUAAAAGGGAAAAACACAUUAGAACUUCGGGCUGAUUGACAAAUGCAGUCAUAAAUUUGAAUUUCUUGUGACAACAAAAUUAAGCAUUUCAGGUAUGCGGUGUUUACAUAUUGUUUAUAUUAGCUGUAAACUGUGUUAGAUAUUAAAUCUAAUUGAUAUUUCCUUAAUUAGUAUUCGCGGGUCUUUAAUUAGAAUUUAGCGAAUAUAUUCAACAAAGCUUUGUAUUGAUGUAACUUUAAUGGAGCAUUCUAGUUUGAAAGGCUAUUUUUACGAAUAUUUUAUCCUGAACUGGAAACAUCUAGGGUACUGACAUUUUAGAUACGUAUUUAUUACUUCUUUAACUUUAUAAAAAUUCAAUUUUUAGUCAUUAUUUAAUAUAAAAUAGAGAUAAUGAAUAUAGCAUAAUUUAAAUUUAUCUUGUUCAUACUAUCCUAGGAGUUACAUUCUUUGUGCUGAUCUUAAACCAAUAAUCCCAAGUUUUAUAUUAAGGGCCAUUUGCACCAACGCCGAUUAACUUAAUCGGCUGAUUUUUCUAUUGGAAUGGACCAAUCUAAUUUGUCGUUAAGUAAAAAUUUGUCGUUGACCAAUCACGGUUGACACUUAACUGGCAGUUAAGUUAAUCGGCGUUGGUGCAAGUGGCCCUAACAUAAAUGUGGUUGGAACUAGAAUAAAUCAUUUAGCGCAAUGCUAAACAAAAUGGCGAUCAACUAAAAGAACGGAAUUUUGUAAAAUUUUGUAAAUUUUUGGCUGUAAAAAAACUCAAGAUAUUAAAAAAUUCCUAGUCUUAAUCAUAGCCAUAAAUAUUAUGUAUAUUUUGCUUAAGGCAGAAAUUGAUCAGGUCAGUAGUUUCUGAAAAAAAGCCUGGGACAAUAUUGAAAAACAUAGAUUUGUGAAAAAUGUAUUUAAAUUUUACAAAAGGUUUAUGUAUAUAAAAAGUAUUAAUUCUUUCUCUCUCUCUCUCUCUGCGCGCGCGCACACACACACACACAUUCUACUGUAUCUUAUUCACAAAAUAAUUUUCCUUUCUUUUUCGGUAUAUUGUUUAGGGACGAAGAAAAAGAUCGAUUUUGAUUACAAACAAAUUAAUAAAAACCUUACGUAUUA